UCAAUAAAUCAAAGUUGUUGUUUUUGUGUCAAAAUUUUGACAAGAUUUUAAAAGAUGGAUCAACUUAAAGGAAAAGUAGUAAAUGUGGUCCUCACAAUUCAGGAGGGAAAAGGGAUGGAUUCCAUUAAAAAUUUAACGUUGAUUUCUGCAAACUUUAACGGAAGAAUCCUAGAAUCGGAUCCAGUCAACGCUGAAGACUGUCCUGCUUUCAACACAAACUUAAUUUGGGAAAUUGAGAAGAAAGACUUGAGAAAAAUCCGCAGCUCGAAUCAGCCUCUCCGAGUCGAAUGUUUGAGCGUUGAUAAUCAAAAUCGCCGAGAGAAAUUCGGCCACGUUUUGCUCGAUCUACGCAGCGCCCAAAUUGUCGAAGAGCCAGACCGGCAGGUGUCCUUCAGGUGGCACAAACUGCUAGGAGUUCGCAACAAAAAACGAAACUGUGUCCCCGAGCUGUACGUGUCUCUUACAAUACGUAACCACUUGGAGGUACAACCACAGGAGUCGUCUGACGAUAUCUGGGAACCUGAACCCAGAGCUGAAGGUUCAAUUCCUAUCAAAUAUCUGGAAGAUGGGUACAUUGUGGUGGGGGACCCAUUGAAAUGUACCGAAGAUUACUCGCUUAAUAUCCACAUUAAAUCGGCGUCAAGUCUCGAUUUGUUGCUACCGGAAGUUUUAGUUUUCCACCAAAAUAAUAACAAGUACUGCAUGUGUUUUAAAAUUUUUGGCAUUCCGAUCAAAACCAAACAGUUUUCGAAAGAUUUACACGACAAAAUCAUUUUUGAGGAGAGAAUUGUUGUGAGGUUGCUUUCAAAUAUCACGGUGCUGAGACAAUUCUUUAGUGAGGAAAAGUUUGAGGUGGGUUUCAACUGCGGCAAUGAUCUUCUUGGUUUGACAACUGUUAGCUUUGAUGAUUUGAGUAAUUUGAACGAAAAGCUACUUUUGCCUGCAUGUUUCUUCAGACUUCCGUCACCUAAUGGUAUCGUACCUGUUGGUAAUGACGGUCGAAAACCCUUUCUCUCGCUUGAAAUUUAUCUGGUAAAAAACCGAGAAGAGGUACCUGCUUUGGUUUCUAAUUUAGAGCCGGAUGUUUCGAAGGCUUGUGGUGAUUACACGGAAGAAGCCAAACAACAAAUAAGUCAACAGUUGUUGCUUAUUACUGAGGAGCAUAUGAAAGAACUGGAGGAAUGGAAAGAAAGACAGAAAGUUGAGUUUGAGGAACAACUCCAGAAUUUGAAAGAAAGUGAGUUGGAAAAAGAUCGUGAGGAGAUAGAACGUAAAAAGGCCGAACUAAACGAAAACAUAAUAAAAUGCAAGGAACUACAAGAGGAGCUUCAGGAGAAACUCGAUGAAUUGAAACUGUCAAAAACAUUGAAGAAAAAACGCAAGUCGUCAACAAGCCUAGUUUCGGUGAUCGCCGAAAAUCAAAAGAAAUUUGCCGACUGUGAUAAAGAAUUGUUGAUUGAUUACAUCAGCACAUUACAAAGUGAUAACGAAAAUUUGAAGCAAAUUAUCAGCGAACAGAAGCAAGAAUUGGAGAAUAUCGAGAAGACUGCUUUAACCAAAGAACAAACAACCAACCUUUUGCAAGAAUUGAAAGGUUUGGAAGAAAAAUUCGAAGUGGCACAACAGACAAAAACCUAUUUCAAGGAACAGUGGCAGAGAGCUUGCCAAGAAAUUCACAAUUUGAAGACAGAAGACUACAAACAACUCCAAAAUCAGUUGCGGGAACGCAGGGAAGAGUUGGAUCAUCUUUGUAUUCUAGACGAACCAACUGAACUCGUGUCAUUUUGAAAAUAAAGGGGAUCAUGUUUAAAUUUA